UCAUAUUGGGGGCUCGGCGAGAAUGGACGGUCGCUCAAUCGGAAGAAAGCCAGCCGCAUCCCGCGUACAGCCGCACCAUGGGCGAGCAGCACCUCCACAGCCGUCACAUUGGGCGUACAACACGGCCACUCGAAGGGGUGUGAUUUCACACGGACGGCCGUCCACACCCGCACCAGCAGCGAUGAGCGCCUCGAGCACCUCCCGCUGCAGCUCUCGCGAGGGCCACAAUGGCAGCUUGAGCUGCCGGCCGGCCGCGAUGAGUGGAGGAGCACUAUUGAUGUCAUCGAUGGCCAGGCAGAGGAUGCUGCUGAAUAUCGUCAGGUGUUUGCCUUCUGGAUGGUCCGUCUCCAACUGGACGGCGAUACUCGGGUCAGCUCCGCCCUCACGACAGAGCCUCGACACGUCGUCGCCUGAUCUGGCGGUGCGGCACAGCAUUGAGGUCGUCAGCUGCCGGCUUUGAGGGCUCUGGUUCCUGCCGAGAAUCGCGCCGAGAGAAAGGCCCUGCCGCGAGAGCAGGUCGUCCAACUGCCUCUCAUCUGAAUACUCCUCCUCAGUCUGCAGAAUGAAUGAACCACACAGCAGAAUCAAGAAGGCCUUUGUUGUCAUUCAUUUUACCGGGCCAGAUGAAGGCAUGUGGGUGGGUGGUGGCUGAGAAGAUGCGGCCGCCUCUUGGCGCCCACCAAACAACCCAAGCAGCGACUGCAUCUGCAUAACAACACCGAGAGAGAGGGAAGACGGUCGCUUCCACAUUGUGUGUGGAGCUCAUUCAGCAGGGGCUGACCUGUAUGAGGCGUCCUCACUGCCCUGAGGCUCGCGGCGACGGCUCACUCCCGCCUCAGAUCUACCAUCUCAGUCCUUCAGAGUCGGCACUCAAUCACUGUCGAUUGACCCGCCCAUCCUACAUCACUGAAAGCUACAAUCACAGCCGACGAUGAAACAAUCAUCCACCGUUUUGCAGGAGUCCUCUCUCACGAC